GGGCCUUAAAGCCCAUACAAGUAAAUGACUUCGUGUUUCUCAAGUUGAGGGUUUUAUACAAGCACCUUCCAUAAACCCUGAAUCAUCUUUGUUACACAGCAAAGAAAAAACCCCUCUUUACACACAUUUUUUGCCCUAAUUUCUUAGCUCAGAUCAGAUCACUACAAUGGGGAGCAGCCAAGCCGCCGUCUCCUUCCUCACCAACGUCGCACGCGCGGCAUUCGGUCUCGGAGUCGGCGCCACAGUCGUCAACUCAUCUCUCUACACAGUCGACGGUGGUCAGCGCGCCGUACUCUUCGACCGAUUUCGUGGUGUGAUCGACGAGACCGUCGGAGAAGGGACUCAUUUCCUCAUUCCAUGGCUCCAGAAGCCCUUCAUCUUCGAUAUUCGUACCAGGCCUCACACCUUCUCCUCCGUUUCUGGCACCAAGGAUCUUCAGAUGGUCAAUCUUACCCUUAGGGUUUUAUCUCGCCCGGAAGUCAGUCGCCUUCCCGAUAUUUUCAAAACUCUUGGUCUCGAAUACGACGAGAAGGUCCUUCCUUCUAUUGGUAACGAGGUUUUGAAGGCCGUUGUAGCACAAUUCAACGCCGAUCAGCUCCUCACUGAGCGGCCUCACGUUUCCGCCAUGGUUAGAGAUAGUCUGAUCCGUAGAGCUAAAGAUUUCAACAUUGUCCUUGACGAUGUGGCCAUUACUCAUUUGUCGUACGGAGGUGAGUUCUCACGGGCUGUGGAGCAGAAGCAGGUGGCUCAGCAGGAGGCCGAGCGUUCCAAAUUCGUUGUGGCUAAGGCCGAGCAGGAGAGGAGAGCGGCGAUUAUCAGGGCCCAGGGUGAGAGUGAGUCUGCUAAGCUGAUCUCGGAUGCCACUGCUGCGGCUGGUAUGGGUCUUAUUGAACUUAGGAGGAUUGAGGCCUCGAGGGAAGUGGCUGCAACGCUUGCUAAGUCGCCUAAUGUCGCAUACUUGCCCGGAGGAAAGAACUUGCUUUUGGCUCUUAACCCAGCUCGUUAAAUUGGGUUUGGUUACAUGGGAUUGUUGCAAUAAUGAAUCGUGGAUUUGAACUUGAAAUUGGUUUAUUCCUAAAGCUGUUUUUUCUUUUUUACCAUUUACUCAGAUCAUCGUAUGUUAUCUGAAACUUUGAGUAAAAAGUGAGGGGGAAACUCACGGAAUUGUUCAUGUAGUCUCUGAAACCCAUCAUGACUUUGACUGCAAGUUAAAUUUUGAAGAUGUAAUUUUUUUUUACUCUUGUCAAAUGCAUGUUACUCCUCUUAAGUCCCAAUAGUUCACAUGUAAUUUAAUAUUUCUAUCUAUUAAUGGCCCAUUACAAAUUCUCUAUUAUAUGAUGAUCAUUCGUUUAUAUAAUAAACUAUGCUUUCAAUUCAGCUAAAAAA